UCUGACCUCCAUGGCCACUGUAUGACACAAGUGCACUUACAUGUAAGUAAAACAUUCCUAUACAUAAAAUAAAAAUACUAAAAAAAAUUAAUAAUUAUCUUUGUUGAUUUUCUUGUGUGCAUGUUUCUGUGAAUGGAGGUCAGGGCAAUAUUGGGUGUCUCCUUUAAUCACUCUCCAUUUUGUUUUUAUAUUAUGCCUGUGUUUGGCCUGCAUGCAUGCAAGUGUACUACGUGUGUGCAAUGCCUACAAAGGCCGGAACAGGGCUUCCCAUCUCCCAGAACUGGAGUCACAGAAGAGCUGUUAGCUUUGCAUGUGGGUACUAGAAGCCGAAAACUCGGGCCCUCUACAAGAGAACUGGGGCUCCUGACCACUAAUUCUCUCCACAGCCAUGUUUUUGUGACAGGGUCUCUCAGUGAACUCAGAACUCACCAAUUUGACAAAUCUGAUGGGUCAGCAAGUCCCAAGGAUCCUCUGCUCUCUGCUUUCCAGCAGUAGGAUUACAGGUAUACACAUCAUGCCCAGCUUUUUACAUGUCUCCUGGAGAUCCAAAUUCAGGUUCUCAUGCUUGUAUGGCAAGCACUUUACCUACUAAUCCAUCUUGCCAGCUCAUUCUGAGAGGGUCUCAUGUAGCCUAGGGUGGCCCUGAACUCACUAAUAUGUAGGACAGGCGCGAACUCCUGCCUCCACCUCCUGAGUACUGGGAAUACAUGCCUACACCACCCCCCUGGGCGGGGCCUACUGGAAGCAUCUCAAAGGACUAUAGCAACCUUGAUCUGCAUUCAUUCAGCCCUCUGCCUCAGUUUCCUAGAGCAGCCUACAGGGACUGUCUCCACUGAGGCACCUGGGUCUGCUCUGCCCUUACUUACUUCACCACGGUGGCCACAAGGCCCUCUCUGGCCCCUCCACCCCAAUUUGCAUCCUUACCAGAUACCACUAUGGGCUCCUUAUGUCCCCAGGUGUGCUCUGUCCUCCCAGCUCUGCUCCUUUCUCAGUAACACACUGAACCCACUGUUUCCCAGCAGCCCUCCCCACAUCCCUCUCAUGGUCUGAUUAACGGCACAGCAUUUACUUGUGUUCACGUUUCUUCUUGACGCCAAGGGCAGGGACUGGUUCACUGCAGCGGCCCUGGCAUCUGAGACAACUCUUCGUGCGAAGGAUUUUGGGGAUGGAUCUCUGCAUUCAUUUGCCAGGCGUCCCCGCAUGCUCUUCCCUCUGUUCUGGAUGCUCGUUCCUGCUUUUCCCUUUAGGCCCCAGGACAAGUUUCCCUCCUCGUUGAACCCCCACUGAUCCCUGACAGCCAGUCUUUUCUACUGCCAUCCCACUGUUCCCUCCCUGAACCCCGGGACAGUGGCAUCUGUGUCCAGGCCCCUCUCCUGGCUCAGAGGAGGCCUUUAGUGUCUGCUGCAUAUCCCUUCCCAGUCUCUCCGUAAUCUCACUGUCUCUUGUGCCCCAUCCUGCUGCCUCCGUUUGUUCUCUGAUGCCUUGAUGCACACGGGUCCCACUGCCUAGGACACUGUUCUCCACUCUGUCCUCUUGCUCUCCCUCCCCCAUACAUGCACAGGCUGUCCUCACUCUCUGGCCCUGGCUCCCAGCUAAGAGACUCUGCCUACUUUUUGCCCCAGCUCCCUCUGCCCCAUCCCCUCCCAUCACCAUCUAGAGGCCAUGGCCUUAUGAACCCUAUGUGUCUCCCUUAUCAGGGAACUCCUGAAGGGCAGGUCCCACCUCAGCCCAGCAGAGGAUGCAUGGGUCAGGGCUGCCAGUGGGGGUGGGUCUAGGUCCUGCUCUCCCUCCUCCAGGCCUUUUUCUCUGCUCCUCCCCUCGUCCCUACCAGUAACUCCUGCUCCUCUGUGAGGCCGGGCUUAAGGUCAAAGCCCUCCCUGACUCUCCAGUGGAUCAGCAUCUCUCUCCUCUGAGAUCCCCCAAUUCUGGCCACCCUGGGCAGUAACAUCACCUCGGCCUCAAAACUCCUCAAGGCAGGCUCUGGUCUGACCCAGCCCCACAGCUCAGCAGUGCCAAUGGACAGUGAUACAUUUACUGAAUGGCUUCAAACCAUGCCAGGCCCGCCUCCUCUCUUCUCACCUCUGACCUCACCCCCACCCUCCAGGGGCCUCAGCACCCACUGUGACUUCAUGCAGUUGCUUGUGACAAGCCAUCAGGUUGUUGUCCUUGGCUACCAGAUCUUGCACGUCCACCAUGACUUCCAGGACCUCAAGCCCUUUUGCACCAGCCAUGCAUUCUCCAUCAAAGAUACCUUCCAAGUCCAACAUGACUCCAGCAUCCACUGGGCCCUCCGUGCUGCCCUCUGUGGCUCCUGUGCCUCCGCCCUCCCUAAAGACCACCAAAGCAGCCAUGCCCAACAGUUCCUCAAGACACCCCAAGUCCCCCACCCUGGUCAUGAGCCCCAGCAGUUCAAAGUCUACCAGAUCAACAGGUACAAAGACUGCCCCUUCAACCCGGCCCAGCAGCAGGUCCCAGGUCUGCAGCAAGACCAGGACGCCCAUUUGGGUGAGCACUGACAAGGCCAGUAAGGCCAGCAAAGGUAGGAAGAACAGCAAGGCCAGAGCGCUGGGACACCAUCAGCAGGGCAGAACACAGAGCCAGGGUCAAACUUCCAGCAGGAGGGGGAGCUAGGGCUCCAAGAGGUCCCCUAGCAGGGCCAGCACUCCUAACAGGGUAAGAACCCAUUCUGCCAAACCAGGUGUGGUCAAGAAAGUGAGAACCCCAACUUCCCACUGCAAACAGAGUUGGGGCAAGAGUUACAGCCAGCCUAGAAGCAAUACCCAGGCUAGGAGCAUCAGCCAGCCAAGAAAUAAGCACAGAGAGAAGAGUCCCAAGUCAGCACGAGCCUUGGGAACAGGGAGCACCUUCAGGCUGUCUGCAGUCCCCAGCAGGGCCAAGAGCCACAGCCCAACCAGGACAGACUUCAAGGACUCUGGCCAGUCUCUGGCAUCCAGGAGGGCCAGGAGCUACAGCCAGGUGAUGUCCCCCGGUAGGGAACAGAGCCACACCCCGACUGAUGUGUCCAACUCGGUCAUGAAUUACAAGCAGGCUGGCACCUUCAGCAGGACCCAAAGUCUCAGCCGCUCUAGAACCCCCAGCAGGACCCAGAGUCAUAGCCAUUCUAGAACCCCCAGAAGGUCCAGGAGUCACAGCUGGAAGAGAAACUGGAGCAGGGCAAGAAGCCGCACUCGGAGGGGCACUCCUACUCAGAUGAGAGAAUCCAAGAGGUCCAGAACCCACAGCCUGGGGAAAAGUCUCAGCCAAUCAAGAACCCUGAAGAGCAAAAGCAGCAGCCCCACGUGGUCUACGACGACCAGCGAGGACAAGAGUCUCAGUCGAUCCAGCAGUGCCAAGGACAGACAUCGUAGGAGUCACAGGAGGCCCAAAGUGCCCAGCCACAAGAGCAGACACCGACAGUCUAGAACCCCCAGCACAGACACAGCCCACAGCAGGUCUAGAACCUCCAGCAAGAAAAGAGAGCAGAGCCGAUCGAGAUUCCCCAGCAAGGACGUGUACAGUGGCAGAUCUAGAACCCCCAGUGAGGAGCCAGACAGGAGCCAAUCUGAAACCCGGAGCUGGGAGAGGGUCCUCGGUCAAUCUAGAACCCCCAACAAGGACAAAGAACCUGGCCAAGCUGCAAGCCCUAGGAGCUUCCGUGGGACGCCAUCUCCCUCCAGGACAAGGAGUUCUAGUCAGUAGAGAGCCAGGAGCAAGGCAAGGGCUCGUUCCUCAUCACAACAUCCUAGAGCCCAAGCCCUUAGCCCAGAUGACAGUUACGCCAACACCACGGCUUCUAAGAGCA